GGAUCAUUCAAAUGUGCAGUUUGCCAGCUUGUAUGGACCGGAUCUGGCUCAUACAAGCUGGCAAACUGCACAUUGGAACAUUGAAAGAUGGCGGAAGGCUUAAGUCUGCAAAGAGACAUUACCAGGGUUUUAGAACUGCUAGAAAUCCUACAAAGAUGUCCCGAAAUUCAGCCCUCAAAGUUAGCUGCUUUGCAGCGCAUACUGCAGUCAGAUUUCUGCAAUAUGAUCCGUGAAGUGUACGAACACAUAUAUACGACUGUAGACAUUAAUGGUUCGGAAGAAGUCAAAGCAAGUGCAACAGCGAAAGCCACUGUCGCAGCCUUUGCUGCUAGUGAGGGGCAUGCUCAUCCACGAGUUAUAGAACUACCGAAAACUGAUGAAGGUUUAGGCUUCAAUGUUAUGGGCGGCAAAGAACAAAACUCACCGAUAUACAUAAGUCGAAUUAUUCCUGGUGGUGUUGCAGAUCGUCAUGGUGGUCUAAAACGUGGCGAUCAAUUGUUGUCUGUAAACGGAGUUUCUGUAGAAAGUGAGCAUCAUGAAAGAGCUGUUGAACUUUUGAAGUUAGCCCAAGGCACAGUGAAGCUUGUAGUGCGGUAUACUCCACGUAUUUUGGAGGAAAUGGAAGCACGUUUUGAUAAACAGAAAGCUCGCCGUCGACAGUUAAAUUAAUGCGAAUUGAUAAUUACAUCUGUGCACGUCAUAAUACACUAUACUGUGUAUAACACUUCCGUACAGCUUUAUACAUUUAUUUUACUGUGAUUUACUAACUAAAUAAUAUUAAUAAAAUUCAGCUGUCAAAACAAAAUACAGCACAAUAUACAACAAAUAGUUGAGGAUAGCAUUUUUUUAUAUUAUCUCCUAAUUUCUCAUCCUGUACUAUAAUAUCAUUAAUAUUAAAAAAUUUUUUUCUUAAUUAUUUCACUUGUUUACUUGCUUGAUUUUCUUUUUCUUUUUUAAUUAUAACAUUUUUGAAUAGAUGCAGUUUUAAAACUAUUUUAUGUGUUCCCUUUCCUUCAGUAUAACCAUUACUAAUGAUUUCGGUAGGGAUCGGGUUCGUGCAAGGAGCACGGACUAACUUUUUAAGAACCGUGUCGAUUGCAAGUGUUUAAAGGUGUAGCCUAACUUUAUAAAAGCUUGGAAUGUUGUUCAUUAGAGUUUAUUCCACGAUAAAAAUGAACUGACUAUAGUUGGGCCAUGGCUUAUUCGUUUAGGCUUCCAACUUCUGGGUCACAAGUUCAAACUCCACUGCAUCUACCAAGGCUUUGGCAGCUACUGCUGUUGUAGUAUCAGUAGUCCUCAUACAUUUGGUGUGACUCAUUGCCAAGUGCAUAAAAACACAAAUGGUUAUUGGGUCACGUAAAUGAUUGGCUAACCGAUUGAGUUUCAGCAUAUAACUCCAUAUUAGUUUGUCUGUUAGAUGUAUCACAAAGUGAAACAGUAUUAUUUACCGGAU